UCGUUCGUGCCCAGCAGGCUCGCUCACGGCGGUUCUGUCACAUCUGCUUAGGAUGGUGGAGGUCGGGGUUUGUUCGCUUGUUUGUAUGCGCGAGGAGACGAGAGCGAGGGUGACGUGCCCAUCGGAGAAGGGAGGCCAGCGGGCACCGAACGAGCGCAGGCAGGAAGGAAGUGGUUCAGGUCCGAGAGCCCGACGAGAAGUCGCUGCUUGCUCUGUGUGCGGGCGUGCGUGCGUGCGUGCCAUACUUCCCGUCGUUUGCCCACUUUGAUGCUGUGACGCCAGAGUUCCGGGAGAGAGGAUCAGGAGAUACGGUGGUGGUCCGUCCUCUGGGCCUUGCGAGGUCGACAGGAAACCCUAAAUUGUCGGAGGACCAGCGGUAGAGGGUGUCGCUUGUGCGAGGGUGUUCGCGUGUGUCCUUCCCCUGAAGAUGGAGUGAAUAUCAGUCAGAGGGAGGGCAUGAUUUUCACUUUUGACCAUCCUCCUGGACCGAAUUGAUCCUUCGGCAGAGUCGCGGGUGGAACGGUGGGUGAUGUUUGAACCCUAAUAAUGUCGGGCCCAAUUUUCCUGUCUUGUCUCUGAAAGCAGAGGAAUUUAUUGCGGAACAGAGUUCUCUCUUUUUCUUCCGUUUCUUUUGGGUUGAUCUUGUGAUGAUGGGAAGGAUUUGACGACUGGUUCUGUUGCCCUCCGGUCGUGCGUGCGUGCUCACUCUCCUCGGUCUGCACAGAGGCAAUGGAUGAUAUUCUUACCAGCUUCUUCGCAGGAGUUCCUCUUCCUCGUGGCUCUACUGAACGAGUACUUUGGCUUCUCGUAUCUGGAAAAACAGGGCACGUGCUGGACGUCUUGAGGUGACGGGCAUAAGCAGGAAUAUCGCUGGCGGGUGUAGUCAUUAUGACAGUAAUCCCGACGUACGGGAAGGAUAGAAGGAGAAGGCAUUCGUACUACGGUUGUAGGAGCUCAUCUGGAAAACUGCUCUCGAAGGUCUGUAAGCUGGAUCAGCUCGAUGGGGCUCCUCAAGGGCACUCUCUUCAGGUCUGUGGGAUGACUGCAUGAGGAGAGGGCAAUGCCGGACAAUCUGUCGGAGGUAGUCGUGGAAGGGAGGACUUUGCGAGGCAACUCCGAGUCUACUUCGAACAGUAUGGGACACUAUGGAGACGAUGGGUCUCAAGGGUCUCAUACCGAGUGUGUUGAUCGAGCUACCGACACAGGUAUAACGGGAGAGGAUAAGCAGGUGACAGCGAGCAGUUCGCCGGUCGUCCUUGAAGCAGGGGAGGAUGGUCAGGAAGCUCAGGGCUCAGAGGAAACCAUGUUGGAUCCCGAUGUGGAUCGCGCUCUCCCAUUCAAGAUUGUUGGGAAUACCGUCGAGAAAGGAGAAGAUGUCGUCGAACUCGUCGGAGCGUCAAAUAAUGUCGGAGCUAUGGCAGGAUUACCAGAGGACGUAGAGCAAAGCGAAGUCACAGACAUCAUCGGGACAGAGAAGUACGCUAGUACUGAAGGUGUUAUCACGGUAUCGAAAGUCAACCAGCUUAGUACUGUUGGUGGAACCAUUGUUGCGGGAGUAGAAGGCGAUUACAGUCUUGCGAACCCAUCUCUCGCUUCAGAGGUGGUUUCUGAUCCGAUAGGUCAACUGGCAGGCAUUGGUUCCGUCGUACCGGAAGCCAGGGAGGGUAUUGAAAGUCAAGAGGGAGCUCUCAGUUUAGCUCUAGAUGUGGAGCAAGGAUCUCCCAGUAGAUCAGCUUCGGCUCUGGCGGCCUGCUCCGAGAGAGGAAGGUUGUUGACCGAUGUACGUACCACAAUUCUUAGGGCCGCUGAAGCUUGGAAAUGUCUAGGCGAAGACGUUGUUUUACUGCCUGUUAGUGAUGGGAAGGACGCGGAUCAAGCGCUUAUGAAGACGGGAAUCGCAGAGCCGAAGAGCUCGGAAAGCUCUGGAUUACAGGAUGUAGCCAGCACGGCUCAAUUAGUUCAGGAAGUUAAGAGUACCGCCGUUGUUACUCCGAGAGUGCUCUUGAGUGACAACCCGCAUCAGGAGCUUGGUUUUGCUGAGGGUUCGCAAGGUAGUUUGACCGUGCGUGUAGAUAAUGAAGAAUUUCCGGAGGUGCAUGUUUUGGGGCAGGAAGCAACGAUCGUUACAGCUGGAGAUGCAAUUGCCGCAACUGUAAAUCAGGGGGACUCCAUGUUCAUAACGUCUGUGGAAGCUUUUGAAACUGUGUCAUUCACGGCUGAGGUGGAAGAGAAGGACUCAGAAGAUGAUGCGCAACUUGUCGCAAAGGAGGCUGGUGACAAUCCCUCAUUGAUUGUUGACUCUAGCGAAGGAAAGAUCUCAGUUCAAUCUACCCAGGUACUAAACCAGAGUAACGUGGGCGUUGAUGGUGGAGUCGAUGGGUUAUCCGGAUCGAUCGUGAAUGGAAACUCUGUCUGUAAAGCAGCACCUUGCGAUUUGGAAAUAGACACCGCAGGGCACUCUGUAGUAGAGGCAGUAUUCGAGCCUAGGUCCGAGCCGUCGGAGAACGAGGUCACUGUUUCUCCCGGAGAAGAGUUGGUGGUUCAACAGAUCUCAGUCACGGGAGCAGUUAUCGAAGUAGAUACUCUUCCUUUGAACGACAACAUUGAAACUGAAGAUAUUCGUAUGGAUCAUUCUGAGCCGAAAGCCUCAGCACCGGAAAGAGAUGGCAACGACGCUGUCAUGGAAGACAUCAUUCCCGAGGAAGCGGUGAUGCGGGAAGGAGAAGUCAAUGACAUUGUUAUGGAAGACGUUUCGAAGGAAGCCUCAGGUGGCGAAAAUCUAGAGGAGAAGCUGGUGCAGUUGGCCGGGGGUUCCUCAAGCGGGGUACAAGAUGUAACGGAGAAGCAGCCGGAGCUGGUAGAUGGUCCGGUUGAUUAUGAUGCUAGAAUUAUGGGUAUCGUAGGUAGUGCGAUGAAGGAGAACGAGCUCGUGAGGGUAAAGAACCUGGUGAAGAACCUUACCAGAGAAGUUUCUGCCAAGCAAGACGAAGUUUCAAGGGAGCGGAGUACGCACACCAGUGGAAGUCCGAGUUUCUCGGGUUCAAUUGAUAAGAAGGUGGCUGAGAGAUUUCUUGGCUCUCCAUCCCAGAAGAUGGAGGAACCUGUCGAAAGUUCAGACUGCUUGGUCAGCUGUGAGAGCCCUGAGAGCAUGAAGCUAAGAGAACUCAUACUGAACGGUUUGAAUUUGCUGAAGAGCGUGGCCACAGAUAUCGCAGAGGGAUUGGAGAUGAGGCUGAGAGACUCCGUUGGUUCUCCAAGAGGGGGAAUAAGUUUAGACACUUCAGACGAAAUCAAAGCGCAACAAUUGGACGAGAGUGUGGCACAAGCUACGAACACAAUUGGCGGUGAAUGUGAAGCAGCUGUUGGUCGCCGUCCUGGAUCCUCGAGUGCUGUCCAUCCAGUUGUUUCUUGCGAAUUGGUGGAGAAAAGUGUAGUUUCAGGGGGUUUGAGUAUUGAUGAAGACCGGAGCCUUGGUCGGGAGACUGCUACUGAUGUCGAACCAUCUCAUAAACCUCACCAGAUAGAGGUGAUGAUGGAAGCUCCGAAAAUAUUAGCACAGAGUCCAGAGAGGUGCCAGGUCGAAGACCGCCUCCAACCCGCCUACCAGGCAGAAUAUGCAAUCGAUCAUACCGAGGACGUUAGGAGUGGAUCGAUCCCUGCUCAUUCUGAUAGCGAACCUAUGAGUUCAAGGGUUCAGGAAGGACUAUCUGGAUGGUCUGUGUGUGAGGUUUUUGUAGAUGGAUCACCAGCUUUAAGGGAUGAGAAGGUGAAAGAAACAUCGUAUGCAGAAUCUAUUGCUCGUAUUGGUAUCUUGGAUUCACCUACUAUUGAGGAGAUCGUAGAGGUUAACCGACCCGAACAACGUUCAGGUGGAUCUCGACAUUCGAACGACUCAAAGGUCUGCAGAGGAGGGUUCAAAGGCGCGUCAGGCAGACCAGAUGAUUAUCCUACUUUGAAUAUCCAAAAAGGAACCUGCUCUUUAGAUAGAGAAGUUCCUGCAGGACGUCUCGGAACGUCAGGAGAGGGCAAAUUUGAAGCAACGUCUAUUCAGGACAGUCGCAUGUCCUUCGAUAAACCCCACAUUAUAUUCAAGAGCGAGGUUGAAACUCCUCUCGAAGACGACCGAGUGCCAUCAAUCCAAAGAGUUCUGGCGAUCCCUAAACAGGACUUUUUACCAGUGGCUAAACGAACUCUUCCGGUGGUCACGAACUUAGAAGCGGCGGCGAAGCAAGCGAUGGAGAGCACCUAUUACAGAUCACACAUCUUAGAGGAUAGUAAGGGGGCAGCGUGUUUUAUUUCAUCGACCAAGAGCCUUGCUGAGUUUCACGGAGUAAAGCGCGCAAAUGAUGCUGGGUCUGCGCAGGAGAAGUCAAAUGGUGCAGGGCUUCUUCAAACCGUGGCUUUUUCCCCAGCUUCUUGUAGGGGAGCAGCACAACAUAUGUAUGGAGGAGGAUUGGAAAACUGGGCCAGACCUGGGGUGAUGCGCACAACAUUUGCGACGGUGGCUGGAGAUGUAGGCCACAAUACUCAUGUACUUGUUGAGAGCCCCGACGGCAAGGAAGUGGGCAAGAUACGCGGCCUCAAUUCGACAAUGUUGGUUGAAUCUGCGGAAAACCAAUUAAUAGCCAGUGACGAAGGCAAUGUUAAGAAGAAGAUGCGUGCUGCAGUAGAAGCCGUGGGAAAUAUUCCGACGGUAGCCGUGAAGAAAAAAUUGCAGACGAAAAGGAAGAAGGUUGCAGCAGAUCUGGAGGUGAAGCCUAUGGGAGCUGCCACCCAGGACCGAGUACCUUGCGAUUCUCAGAAGGCGGAGGAUACGACCAUUAAAUCCCCCAAGCUACCUUUCUCAGAGAAUGUAGAGACCAGUCGUCCGGUGGAGCACGUAGAAAUUCUGGAUAGUACAGGUGUGGCUCCAACACUACCAGAGACUUCUGCCGCUGAACAAGUAAUUGUGUUGUGGGCACCUGAAGCAGAUGGUGUCGAUGGAAGUCCGACUGAUCUUGUGAAUGGAGGACAAUCACAGGGCCUUGGUUUAAGGUGUAAUUGUGGAAAACCAGCAGUUCUUAAAACUGUGGGAUCCAAGAGCCCAAAUAGAGGCAAGAGAUACUACUCCUGCGAGAAGUAUAAACCCCCCUUCUUCACCAGAAAGCGGAACCGAAAGCGUGACGAUGACGACGGGUCAAGUUGUCGUUUCUUCCAGUGGUUGGAUAUACCAAAAGUGACUAUGGAAGAUAAGAAGGAGAUCAAGUUGCAGAAAAGACGGCAGUUGGAACAGAUUUUAGCAGUUAAACCAGUCACGACUAGCUAUACGACAAGGUCAUCAUCAAAGCCGGAACUUUCAGACCAUGAUGGUCACAGAAACCAGGGAUUUCUGGAAGGGGUGCCUCCCGUGUCUAGUCUUUCCGUAGAAGAACCCAAGCAUGAGGACUCAGAGGAGCCAGAGCCCUCCAGUAAAAAGCAGAAGCUGAGUAAGGUAGACCCUUCUCUUUCAACAGCAGACUCUGUUGCUUUUUCUACAAGAGCGUCAGCUGCGAGGAAGCGAAAGGGACCCUGUAUCACAGAAACUAAUGACAGGAAUACUCCAGGGCAUAGUUCUUGUGGAGAUGAAUCUUCCCAUGAAGUAUCUGUUGGGGAUUGCAACCAUACCUUGUCUCGAAAAGGGGCAAAGAGGUUCAAGCCUGAAGGAGAUACCCCAGGUCACACGUACACUCGCCGUGGAGAAUCUUCUCGACCGCCAAGGCAAUCUUUUUACACGCCCCGAGCGAAAAAUAUUGGUAGAAUGGAGAGAGCAACUGCGGAUACUCACCACGUUCGCAAGCUCCUCCCAGUGGCUCUGGCUUACGAAAAGUCGAGGGAAGUUAUACUCGAAGAGAGCUCCGAGGAUGAAGAUAGUGGAGAUCAUAAGGAGGAUUCCAACGAAGAUCAAAAUGCUCCGGAGGUGUGUACUUCGGAGGAUGAACCUGUCGAAACUCCCGCUUUUACUUCAGCCGAGAGAGAGCAAACUCCUGUUAGACCGCGGAGUCAGAGAACAUCAUCUACUCCCAGGGGCGGUCAAAAUGGGAGGAUAUUCAAAGUCAUCGAAACAGUUGAGAAAUUGAAGCGUAAUGUGCAGAAAGUACGUCGAGAUGCAAGCGGUUCUGAAACAUCCCUCUCUGGUGACUUACACAAUGGAAAACAGCAGGCUCCAUUGUGGAUUGAUGUUCCUUUGACGUCCCCAUUCGAAGAUAAGGAUUCAAAUAAAUCUGGGCUUUCAGGACAGCAGGUUAUACACGGAGUAGGGCAGUUUGGCCCUUUUUCCGGCAACCAUGACCUGGUCGUUAACUUCCCUACUGCGUCUCAGUCAGGAGAAAAGACGACUAUCUCAAGCAAUACGUUAUUGCUGGUCAAGGAGAAAGCGAGAGAAGCUGUAAACCUCAGGAGGGGUAAAACUCUCACCUGUGAAACGGAUUCACAAAGAGCGGCCUGGACGAAACCAGCUGAUCAGAUGAAGAAGAGGUCGGCAGCGCACAGAGAUGUCUCUGAUUCUGACGAGGAAGAAACUGGGCCAAGUGGGUCAAGAGGCAUUAGAUCACUGAAGGACAUGCUAAAGAGGGAGAACAGCGACGGAACUACUGCAGUUUAUGAGGUAGCGGAUGAGACGCAGCCUCCUUAUUGUGAAUGCAAAACGGUGAAAAGGCGUGCUGCUCUGAAGACCGUACUCUCCAACUCUGCUAACCAAGGUUUGAGGUAUUGGGUGUGUGUCAAUCACCGACCCUUAUUUCAGAAAAAGAGCCUGUGGGAGGGGGAUCCAAAUGACGAAAGCUGCAAGUUUUUCAGAUGGCUCGAUACUCCCAUCAUCAGUUAUGCAGAGAGGAAGAAACAAAUGGCAGCAAGGAGACGGCGGAAUGAAAGGAGAAGGAGAUGACUGCAACGUGUACAAUUUUACUCUUCAUUGAGCUCAAUGUUUUGCGGUCUAGUGGGGCGUCAGUCUCAGCUUUAUCGAGGUUUCGAGGUUUUGAGGCGUGCUACUUAUACCCUUGCAACUUCAUUAACUUCCGUCAGCCAACUCCGACUCUUCGCGAACUUCUUCUCAAAAAUCUUGUAGUUGAACGAAGUGGGGCUAGGGAGGAAUUACGAGUCUUCCGCCUUUCGUAGUGUUUCCGAAUUAUUACAGAUUAUUGUUCAGCCACAAGCCAUUGUGCGCUCGUUGUGUUGUGACGAUGCUCUACUUCGUCUUUGUACUCCUACGUCAGUGUUUCCGUAUCGUCAACAUCAUCCUAUUAUCUACCUUCGUAUUUCAGUCAGAUGAUCAUCCCAUGACUUUCUCACCUGUCAAAGACACUCAUACACGUAUGGAUAUGGACCUGUGAAGGAUAUGGGCUGGCUGAUGGUUGCAGUUGCACAGUAACAUACAGUCAAAGGUUACCCUUGCAGAUGACCUGCCUUUGGACGAAAGCUCUCACUACCUUCCAUUGGAUGAAAGUGAUGCGUGCAUUGAUUUCAUUUAUGAUGUCGACACCUGCAUGUUGGUGCUGAACGAAGAGUUGGAUCCCUGAGUAGCAUCGGAACAUUGGCAAUUGAGGACGAGGAGGUUCUACUGUGUUUGUGUUGAACCGAAGCAACUCCUUCAGCUUCCUUUUCCGUCAUUGCAUUCCUUUUCCGUCAUCAUUACUUUUUGCAGAUACUGGAGUCUGACGAAGUUGGUAGGUACGCCGAGCACGAUUUGGAAGAAAUUAUACCGACCUGUGAAGAAAGUCUUUUGGCCAUGGAAGACUGACAAGUUUGACACUUAACCCAUCAUAUCUGAAAUACUAUCAGGUGUAGAGUGCAUCGUCUGGUCCUACAAAGAUUUGGCAACUUCUGCUGCGAUGGAAACCUGGAAAGGUCGAUAUGACUCGGAUCUAGCGUUCUUGCUGUUCUACCUUUUGAUCGGGAAACGCGGAGAUCUCGUAGUCAUCCACGUUUUCAUCUUCCCACAAUCGGUCAGUGUCAUCUCCUGACACCCAGUACAUAACAUGGCUCCACGCCGCUUUAACUGUUCCUUCCUUCUGAGUCCAACCUUUUGGAGCCAACAAAGUUCACCAGUGGAUGAUAAUGUUCUGGUUUCAAUAUUGCUUUACAUCUGAAAGGUUGAACUACUUCAUUUACGCGGAGAGAUUCUACCAUAAGAAAGACCCUUUUCACUGCAAAGCAGUUCCUCCCCAUACCGCCACCUUGUCCAUCUGAUCUAACAUCUGUGUCCUAGUCUUAUCGAUACUAGCACCGCCAUGUUUGACUCAUUAUUUAUUGUCCGAAUGAAUGAAGGGUAUGACUUGCAAGCAGUCGUGAGUAGCUCCUUACAGUACAACUAGAGUUGCCCGCUUGCAAGGAAGAUCCUCCCAGCAAGCUUUGAAUUUGGUCUCUGGAUCCUGCGUGAACGCCCACCUAUACCUACUACCAGCUCAUCCUGGAACAAAUGGGCUAAUCGUAUCACAGCACUCUGGGCAAUAUAUGGUCCCAGACGUGGGCCACAGCCGCCCUAUAAAUUUUAGUAAAUCGCCGGAGACAUUUGCCGAGUCCAGUUUGAUGUCCCUGCCCAGCACAACCUCCACCAGGAGUUGUAGCGUGGUCUUAAUUCUGUGGGUAGUACUUCCACUAGGGGUGGUAAUUAUUGUUUGUAUCGAUCUUCAACAAAAUGUCUUCGUUCUCUCACUGG